AUGAAGCUGCGGGUCCUCAACCUCGCCCCGGCCAUCCGUGGUGCUCGCUCUGGCCCUCUGGCAAGGGGCAGCAUUCCUACCUCUCUUAACGCCUCGACACGACGAUCUGCUGCCUCGCUCUCGCAACGGCCAGACUCGAAAUAUGUCCAAUUCCCCGGCGCAGUCAAGUCCGCAUUCACAACCACCCUCAAAUUCGAGCAGCCCUCCUCCCACGAUGCCAUGCCCACCUACCGCGCCGUCGACCAGGGCGGGAACGUCGUCGACCCGUCCUUCAAGCCAGACCUUGCCGACGAAGAGGUGAUCAAGCUGUACAAGGAUAUGCUGCUUAUUUCAAUCAUGGACAUUAUCAUGUUCGACUCCCAGCGGCAGGGCCGCAUCAGCUUUUAUAUGGUAUCAUCUGGUGAGGAGGCUGUCUGUGUGGGAUCCGCAUCCGCGUUGACCAAGGAGGAUGUAAUAUUCUGCCAAUACCGGGAGCAGGGCGUCUUUGCGCAGAGGGGAUUCACCCCCAAGGACUUCAUGAACCAGUUGUUUGCCAACAGGCUGGAUCCUAGAAAGGGGCGGAACAUGCCAGUUCACUAUGGGAGCAAGGAGCUGAAUAUUCACACCAUCUCGUCGCCAUUAGGAACACAAAUACCCCACGCAUCAGGAGCCGCGUACGCCUUGAAAAUGCAACGCCUGCAAAACCCUGCCAUCCCACCACGCGUGGUCGCAGUCUAUUUUGGCGAGGGUGCCGCGUCCGAGGGUGACUUCCACGCGGCUCUCAACAUUGCCGCGACACGUUCCUGUCCUGUGGUCUUCAUCUGCCGGAACAAUGGCUACUCAAUAUCCACACCUGUGCUGGAACAGUAUCGUGGAGAUGGCAUCGCCAGCCGUGGAGUAGGUUACGGUAUCGAGACCAUUCGAGUAGACGGCAACGACAUCUGGGCCAUCCGCGAGGCCACCAAAAAGGCCAGGGAGAUGGCUCUUCAGGACGGCGGAAAGCCUGUGCUCAUCGAAGCCUUGACCUACAGAGUAGGGCAUCACAGCACGUCGGACGACUCGUUCGCGUAUAGAGCACGUGUAGAGGUUGAAGACUGGAAGAGAAGGGACAAUCCAAUCUCGAGGCUGCGGAAGUGGAUGGAGGCCAAGGGGAUUUGGGACGAGCACAAGGAGAAGGAGGCGCGGGACAGCACGAGGAGGGAGCUGCUGAAGGCGUUUCAGGAGGCAGAGAAGGAGAAGAAGCCGCCGAUACGGGCGAUGUUUGAGGAUGUGUACGAGAAAUUGACACCGGAUCUGAAGAAUCAGAUGCGUGAGCUGAAGGAGCAUCUCGACAAAUAUCCAGACGAAUACGACGUGGGGGAGUUUGAAGGAGCCGUCAUCCUCACCCUCUUCCUGAUCUUCCUCGUGAUUGGCAUCGGCGCAUACUUUGGGCGCAAGUGGAUCAAGGCCUUCACUCUUGCCAUGGUCCAGGCCAAGCAGGCCGAAGGUGGCAACGCGGUCUAA